CCCGCGGCCUGCGAGGCCCUGAACAAGAACGAGUCGGUGCUGAGAGCCCGGGCCAUCGUGGCCUUCCACACGGGGAACUACCGGGAGCUCUACCACAUCCUGGAGAACCACAAGUUCACCAAGGAGUCCCACGCCAAACUGCAAGCCCUCUGGCUGGAAGCGCACUACCAGGAGGCGGAGAAGCUGCGGGGCCGACCCCUGGGACCGGUGGACAAGUACCGGGUGAGGAAGAAGUUCCCGCUGCCCCGCACCAUCUGGGACGGCGAGCAGAAGACACAUUGCUUCAAGGAGCGGACGAGGCAUUUGCUGCGGGAGUGGUACCUGCAGGACCCUUACCCCAACCCCAGCAAAAAGCGGGAACUGGCUCAGGCCACGGGACUUACCCCCACGCAAGUGGGCAACUGGUUCAAAAACCGCAGGCAAAGGGACAGGGCAGCAGCCGCUAAGAACAGGUUAGAAAGGAGGCUGGGUUCAUUGGGAAGCGCCCUUGUGUGUCAAGAAGCCGGUGCAUCUCAUAGCUGGGGCAAGCGUGAGCUACUGCAUUUUGGACUUUUCACGCAUCCAAUUAAAGGCUUGGGAGGAUCAGACUCUAUCACAGAUCCAGUUACCCCUGGCUGA